UCAAUCCCAAUUGACCCAAAAUCAUUCAACAUGGUCAAAACAGUCUUCGGAGGCGCUGGAAUCUCCAAGCAAGCCUACUACAACACCCCCGAAUCCGCCGCCAAAGUCCUCGACAUCCUCCUCGCCAAUGACAUCACAAACCUCGACACAGCACGCCUCUACCCAGGCUCCGAAGUCGCCAUUGGCGAGCAACCCAAACGCACCUCCUUCACCAUCGACACCAAGCUCGAGGGAGGCUUCGGCCAGCCCGGCCGCCUAACGCGCGAAACGGCUCUAGCCGACGCAAAAGACAGUCUCGCACGAGUCGGCAUCGAGCAAUUCGACGUCCUCUACAUCCACGCCCCAGACACAUCCAUCGCAUUCGAGGAAACCCUCGCAGGCAUCAACGACGCCCACCAAGCCGGCAUCUUCCGCCGCUUCGGCCUCAGCAACUUCACCGCCCAGCAGGUCCAGCAGGUCUACGACAUUGCCAAAGCGAACAACUACGUCCUCCCCACCAUCUACCAGGGCAACUACUCCCCCGUCGCCCGCCACCUCGAGACCCUGCUCUUCCCGACCCUGAAAAACCUCGGCAUCAAGUUCUACGCUUACUCCCCGCUCGCUGGUGGCUUCCUUACCAAGACCGCCGCAGACAUCGAUGCUGGCGCUGGUCGCUUCAACGAAAAAGCCAUCGGUGGGCUUUACAAGACGCUGUACGACCACGCCGAACUCCGCGAUGCGCUCGUUUCGUGGAACCAGAUUGCCGAGAAGGAAGGCGUGAGUAAAGCCGAGCUUGCGUAUCGCUGGGUUGCGUUCCACAGCGCCAUCGCCGACGACGCAGAGAAUGGCGUCAUUUUCGGUGCCAGCAGCCACGCGCAAAUUGAGCAGACUGCCAAGGUUCUCAAGGCUGGGAAAUUGAGCGCCGAUGCUGUGACGGGGAUCGAGAAGAUUUGGGAGAGUGUCAAGGAGGUUGCGCCGGUUGAUAACUUCAACAAGUUUAAAAAAUCGGAAUUUGUGGCGCGGAUCUAA